AAAACGACGCUCUAGCCCCCACCAUCUUCCCUUUUUCUUCUGCGCUUGCGUGUUAUUCACUUCCGCUUACAGGCCGGAGGCUCUUUCUUUGGGUGCCGCCGACGUUGGCAAGAUGGUGAACGUCCCCAAAACCCGCAGGACUUUCUGCAAGAAGUGUGGCAAGCACCAGCCCCACAAAGUAACCCAGUACAAGAAAGGCAAAGAAUCUUUGUACGCUCAGGGAAAGCGGCGAUACGAUCGCAAACAGAGCGGUUAUGGCGGUCAGACGAAGCCUAUCUUUCGCAAAAAGGCAAAGACCACAAAGAAGAUUGUGCUGAGGCUGGAGUGUGUGGAGCCCAACUGCAGAUCGAAGAGGAUGUUGGCCAUUAAGCGGUGCAAGCACUUUGAACUGGGAGGAGACAAGAAGAGAAAGGGACAAGUUAUCCAGUUCUAGACAUUCGUCCUUGUUCUUUGGCAUGGAAACCAUUAAAAUCCUACCAACACA